UUCCAAAACCCGAAUUGAAAAAUUCUCGCAAACGGCUUCGCUCCGUGUGUCUAGAAAAGCAUAAUCCCGUUGAAAAAAUCGAAAGUAAAAUCGAGCGGGAAUUUUUUCUUCUUUUUUUUGGGCGCUUGGGAAAUCUAUUUUCUUGUGUUUUUCACAGACUGCUAACAUACUCUUCGAAAUUCGGGAAAAAAAAAACAGGAAGGCAGAGAAAAAUCCCAAGAUCUCUUCUGAAUCUCUCAGUCUGAAAAAUCCUCAUUCAGAUUAGAGACAAGAAGAACAAGUUUAAUCAGUUUUUGAGGAGCAUUUCGUUAAAACCAUGACCAGGAUCAAGCAUGUGGCCCAACGGAAACCUAAUCCCCGUCGUCCCUCCGCAGCAGCAGCAGCCGCUGGAACUAGUUCGACGCCUAUGAGAAGAAGUCCGAGGGCUGCUCCUCCAAGUUCAAGCCAGCAAACAAAGAGGAGAAAGCGCCCAGGUACAGCUGCUCUUCAGGAGAUUCGGAGAUUGCAGAAGUCAACACAACUUCUCAUUCCAGCUGCUCCUUUCAUUAGAAAUGUGAAAGAGAUUAGCAACUUUAUGAAUCCCGAAAUCACUCGGUGGACAGCUGAAGCUUUAGUGGCGCUUCAGGAGGCAGCUGAGGAUUAUUUGGUUCAUUUGUUUGAAGAUGCAAUGCUAUGCGCCAUCCAUGCAAAACGUGUAACUCUUAUGAAAAAGGACUGGGAGCUUGCGCGGCGGCUUGGAGGGAAAGGCCAACCAUGGUGAUACCAUGAAACCAGUUACCCAUGAUAGCAGUGGUGAUUUGACCAAUUAAUUGAUCUGUCGUUUUGUUGUAGUAGGAAGUAGUCCUAACCAUUUAGAUACACCAUAUCUUGAGCUGUAGCUAGUCCAAUAGUUCAGCAGCUGUGUAAAGAGCUUUGAAUUCUUCUACAUUGAGCUUAUUCUCCUUUGUCAGACGGUUGCAAUAGGAUGCAGAAGAUUUUUACGUAGCUGACAAUUUGUAUCAUUCACCAUAUAAUAGCGGUGAAGUGUAUAGACUUGUUGGAAUACUUAUCUACUCAUUCCAGUUGUUCUCCUGCUUCAUGAUAAGGGAAAAAACUAGUAUUCCUCUGGAACGUUCAGAGUC